UGUUGUUGAAGAUAUACAAUUACGUGUGAGUCCACUUGUGGGUUCCACUACCCACUCAAAGAUCCUUUCCUCUAUCCUUCCCCUCUAAUCAUCUUCAACUUCGCCUUCACCACCUUAUAUACACCCAGCCCUCCAAUAUUGAGUUUCAUUGCAGAGCUUGAGUACGCCAUAGUUGUCUCCGAAGAAAGCUUAAGCUAUCUCCUGCUAUCUUCUAGUCCAUAGCUUUAAAACCAAAGAGCUUUAGUACUAUAUAUUUCCUACUGAAGUGACUCGAAAAUGGGAAACGCAGAUUAUGAUCAUCAGUAUAAUCCUCAACGAGUUGAGAUUCCGCCUCCGAAGCCACUUUUAACUGCUGUGAAGUCGUCAGUGAGAGAGACUUUCUUUCCUGACGACCCUUUUAGGCAAUUUAAGAACCAACCCGCAUCCAAAAAAGCAGUUCUGGGUUUGCAAUACUUCUUUACGAUCCUCGAGUGGGCUCCUCGCUACAAUUUGGGUUACCUCAAGUCUGAUCUCAUCGCCGGAAUCACCAUUGCCAGUCUGGCAGUUCCUCAGGGGAUCAGCUAUGCGAGCUUGGCUAACGUACCCCCAAUCGUUGGCAUAUAUGGGAGCUUUGUGCCUCCGAUUAUCUAUGCGAUUUUCGGAAGCUCAAGGGAUAUUGCAAUCGGACCGGUGGCUGUUGCAUCGCUUCUGUUAGCUAGUAUCUUGGCGAAGGAAGUUAGCCCUACUGACAACCCUAAACUCUAUUUCCAGAUGGCUCUCACCUCCGGCUUAUUUUCUGGAAUUCUUCAGGCUUCACUUGGCUUCUUAAGACUUGGUUUUGUGGUGGACCUUCUUUCCCAUGCUACAAUAUUGGGUUUCAUGGGGGGAGCAGCGACUACUGUGAUUCUUCAGCAGCUUAAAGGGGUGUUAGGGAUAAAACAUUUCACUCAUAAAUCAGAUGUUGUCAAUGUCCUCAAAGCGGUCUUUUCCCAAUACCACGAGUGGAAAUGGGAACCUGCUGUGAUGGGAAUCGGUUUCCUCAUCUUUCUCUUAGUUACUAAAUACUUUGGCAAGAAAAGACCAGCUUUCUUUUGGAUAAGUGCACUGUCGCCAUUGUUCUGCGUGAUCGUUGGGAGCCUUAUGGCUUAUCUAACGCAUGCCGAAAAACACCACAUCGGAGUGAUUGGGCACCUUAAAAAGGGGCUGAACCCUGUAACCGUGUCUGACCUGACAGCGGUUUUUAACUCGCGUCAUCUUGCAGUCUCCAUUAAAGCUGGGUUCAUCUCUGGUAUUAUUGGCCUUGCUGAAGGAAUAGCUGUUGGAAGAAGUUUUGCCACAGUCAAGAACUAUCACAUCGAUGGAAACAAAGAAAUGAUCGCUUUUGGAUUGAUGAACAUUAUAGGCUCUUUCUUUUCUUGCUUCUUGUCAGCAGGACCAUUUUCGAGAAGUGCGGUGAACUUCAAUGCCGGAUGCAAAACUCAAGUCUCCAACCUAGUCAUGGCGUUUAUUAUGAUGCUGACACUGCUAUUUAUGACACCAUUGUUCCAGUAUACACCACAUGUGGUCCUCUGUUCCAUUAUAAUGAUGGCCAUGAUCGGCAUCAUGGACGUCCCAGCCGCCAUCCACCUCUGGAAGGUAGAUAAGAUCGACUGUAUGAUAUGCCUGGGUGCAUUUUUGGGUGUUAGCUUUGGCAGUGUUGAGAUUGGCUUAUCCAUUGCGGUCGUAAUUUCAUUGCUAAGACUGAUCCUGUUCAUAGCGAGACCCAGGACUCUCAAUUUAGGCAACCUUCCAAACACAUCGACUUAUAGAAGCAUUGAUCAAUACACAGCUGCAAAGAAUGUUCCAGGAGUUCUCAUUCUUCAGAUCGAUUCACCCAUCUACUUUGCCAAUUCUAACUAUUUGAGGGAAAGGAUCUCAAGGUGGGUAUAUGAAGAGGAAGACAGGAUAAAAUCUUCUGGAGAAACAAGCUUACAAUACAUUAUACUAGACAUUAGCACUGUCGGAGGCAUUGAUACGAGUGGGAUCAGCAUGCUAGAAGAGGUCAAGAGAAAUCUAGACAGAAAGAGUAUCCAGCUUGUAUUAGCAAACCCAAGAAGCGAAGUGAUUAAGAAGCUGGAUACGUCAAAGUAUAUUGAAACAAUUGGUCGGGAAUGGAUGUUUGUUACUGUGGGAGAUGCUGUAGAAGCAUGUAAAUUUCUACUGCAUAGCAGCAAACCCAGUCCAGGAGAAGAAAAGGCCAAGACACCAGAGGACAAUGUCUAAUCUAUAAGGACCAAUCAAGCCAGAUGAAGCUUUUUAAGUUUAUCUAACCAUUGAUCUACAAGGUGGGAGUAAAAAAAAGGUUUUGGAUGUAGAUGACUAGAUGGAAGACGUAGAGUGCUAAUAAGUAUUGUGCUUUGGAAUUUAAAGUACACAAAACUGGGGCUGGACAUGUAGGUGAUGUUUGGUAGGUGGUGCGUUUUUCUGUACCGCCUGAGGGCCUUGGGUGUAUCUUCAACUAUCAAUGAGCUAUAUAGUUUACACUGAAAUGCGACUAUAUUCCCCUAAGAAUCUUUAGUCGUAAAUCUUACUGUAAAUCUAGGGUACGUUCAUAACCAAGUUUAUGAAGCUAUGUUUCUACUUUCUAGUGCUCUGCCGGUUCUCUUCGGCCCUUUUCUUAUGUGCACUGUUGUCCAGUAUGUAAAGCAAUACAAGGCUGUGCUUGGUUUUUCUUUA